CAAUGGGAGAGAAGAGGCUCCGCUGUUGCCAUGGCGACGGCGGCGGCGGCUCGAGGCCUUAAAGCGGGCUAGGCCGCGGCGCCGCUCGCGUGGGCGCCAUGGGUCCGGAGGCGCUGCGGCUGUGGGUCCUGCUGCUGCUGCCCACGGUGGGCGGGCGCGUGUACGUGAACGAGUGGGCCGUGCGCGUGCCCGACGGCGGAGCCCAGGCCCAGCGCCUCGCCCGCAAGCACGCGCUCCUCUUCCUCGGGCAGGUGAUGGACGGCGAGCCCUACUUCCACCUGAAGCACCGGGGUCUGGCCCAGAAGUCCUUGCGGCGCCACCGGGGCUGGCACCUCCGCCUGGAGAGAGAGCCAAAGAUCUCGUGGUUCGAGCAGCAGGCGCUGAGGCGGCGCGUGCGGAGGGCGGUGCCCACCGACCCCUGGUUCCCGAAACAGUGGUACAUGAACCACGAGCUGCGCCCGGACCUGGAGGUGCUGAGCGCGUGGAGACGGGGCUACACGGGAGCCGGGGUCGUGGUCAGCAUCCUGGACGACGGGCUUGAGAAGGACCACCCGGACCUGGCCGCCAACUACGAUCCUCUAGCGAGUUACGACUUCAACGACAACGACCCAGACCCGCAACCACGAUACAAUUCCUGGGAUGAGAACCGGCACGGGACACGAUGCGCGGGAGAGGUCGCAGCAGUUGCCGACAACGACGUCUGCGGAGCCGGCGUCGCCCACAGAGCGAGAAUUGGGGGGGUGCGGAUGCUAGACGGGUCGGUGACGGACGUGGUGGAGGCCCGGUCCCUGAGCCUCCGCCCGCAGCACAUCCACAUCUACAGCGCCAGCUGGGGGCCCGAGGACGACGGGAAAACCGUGGACGGGCCCGGAUUCCUGGCUGCCGAAGCCUUCCGCAAAGGGGUGCUCGGCGGCCGCAGCGGCUUGGGCUCGCUCUUCGUCUGGGCCUCGGGGAACGGGGGCCUGCGCCGCGACGACUGCAACUGUGACGGCUACACCAACAGCCCCUACACCUUGUCUGUGGGCAGCACCAGCGAGGGUGGGCGGGUGCCCUGGUACAGCGAGGCCUGCGCCUCCACCCUCACCACCACCUACAGCAGCGGGGCCAAGGGCGAGCGGCAGAUCGUGACCACGGACCUGAGGCACACCUGUACUGGGAGCCACACGGGAACCUCGGCCUCGGCUCCUCUGGCCGCCGGAAUGAUUGCCCUCGCACUGGAGGCCAACCCAGCCCUGACGUGGCGCGACAUGCAGCACCUAGUGGUCAGAGCCUCCCGCCCGGCCCACCUCCAGGCGGACGACUGGGCCACGAACGGGGUGGGACGCAAAGUGAGUCACUACUACGGAUACGGACUCCUGGACGCCGGGGUGUUGGUGGCCUUGGCCGCGACGUGGAACGCCACCCGUCCACAGAGGCAGUGCGAUGUCAAGAUGCUCCAGCAACCAAUGCGGAUGGAGGGUCCCCGGCUCCGGGUCUCCCGCAACGUGACGGGCUCCUGCCUGGGCGAGAGCCGCCGGAUCCGCUCCUUGGAGCAUGUCCAGGUCCAACUCUCUCUGCGCUACAGCCGCCGGGGAGACCUGGCCGUCUCCCUCUCCAGCCCCAGAGGGACCCGCUCCGUCCUGGUCGACGUCAGGCCUUCUGACACCAGCCGCCAGGGCUACCAGGCCUGGUCCUUUAUGUCCACUCACCACUGGGACGAAGACCCCCGCGGCACCUGGACCCUCCUGCUGGAGAACAAGGGGGACGCCGACAACACAGGGUUCCUGGACGGCGCCACCCUGAAGCUCUACGGGACGGAGGAGGACAUGAUGGCACGGAGGAGUCCGCCUGCCGCGACCGGGGGCUGCCCGGGCGGGACAUGUCGAGGUCAUGCCUCCCCUGUGACCUCCACCCCGGCAACCCCAGGACCCAAAACAAGGCCUCCUCAUGGCCCUGCCAGGGUCCUGCUCCCCCUUUUGGCGGCCUUGCUGGUCCUGGUCGCCCUCCUGUUCCUGCUCUUCCGGCGGCGACAGAGGAAGCGGGGUCCGUCCCAUGACCCCCACGACCCUCCACCGCCACCGACCCCUUGACUUCCGGACAAACUUCCAGACACUAUACCCCCCGAAAGCGAUGCCAAUAAACCCGUUCUCCAGA